AUGAACUUCCAGUCGCGCGUAUCCACAAAUACCGUCCACGAUCUCUUCUUCGCCGCUGCCUUCAACAACUUCAACUUCAUCGUCAACACGGAGAAGACGGUGGUUAUGCAUCAACCGCCAGCCAACGUUACCGACUAUGCGCCUCACAUCAGUGUGAGCGGCGCCCAACUUAAAGCCCCGGAAAACGUCACCUACCUCGUUAGCACCCUUUCUCGCAACACUGAAAUCAACGAUAAAGUAACCCGCCGGAUCCCCAAAGCUAGCCAUUCAUUCGGUCCCCAACCGAGCACUGUUUCGAAUCGUUAUGCUCUCCAAAAUUAUCACUAAACUCAAAGCAGUCAUCCUGCUGACCCUGUCGGUCAUUUGCUAAUUUAUCGCGCAGAGACUGACAAACGGGUGCCCGGACACCCGUAUAUACUCCCCGCAUAUGCCUCUUCUCUCAAUCUAGUCCCGCGCAUUUACUCACCAUAUGGGCCUAUUCGGUCACACUUGUAUCCACGAAUUAACCGCAGUCUCGACAUAUCCCUCUCACCCUGCGCAACUACCGCAUGGGCCUACAGGGUCACACGCGAAUUCACGAAGACCUGCACUAGACAACUGCAGGCCGCACCACACCAUCACACUGUGCCCCAUCAACACCCGUGCUUCACACCAAUAUCAUCCUUUUCAUCCCCCACUUGUCACCUUCCAUGCAAGUGCGAAGCAUGAGGCUCGGCUUUUACCCCUCGCGGAUUCUCAGCUGCAUACGUGAGCCGAGUCUAAGAAUUUUACGAUGCGCAAAUCACCGUGGCAUGGAAGGCUCCCUCUUAACGUGAGAUGCGUGCUGCCCAACCACUGUUGUGUGAAAUAUUGGUGCUCGUGUUUGGGGGACAACGUCGAGUAUGUGCCGCGCAGUCACGGUCAGCAAAUAAGUCACCCACUGUACCUAUUUCCCUCACCUGUCAACUGAACGGCUCGGAUAUUGGCUGGGGUCUGGGAAUGGGAAUAAAGAGUGAAGUCGACGACUCAGCGCAUUUUCCUUAUCACAAACAAUCUGACGCGCUUGACGCUACUACAGAGCACUAAAAGCCGCUGUUUGGAAGUUUGCUAACUGUUGGGAUAACUAAGAACUAGCAAUCGGCCCAAUGUGUAUUUGUAAGAAGAGACGAACGUGCCGGGACUCGAGUGAUGGCGUCCUUUCUCCGCACUGCUGCUUUUUUGGCGAUUCGCGGUAAGAACGGUCUUCUAGUUUCUCCGAAAUACUUUGCCCGCAAAUGCAACCGACCCGGUAAACGACUCUAGAUGUUUCUUCCUGUGGCAGUGGGUCUUUUGUAUUCACCACCUGACGCCCAAUGGUUGCAUCUGGUCUGAGUGCAAAUCCAUCCCUAAACGGCACGAGAAGGUGACUGACGGGCUCGAAGACGUUUUUGAGGUACGGGCUCGCUCGCCAGAAUUUGGGGUCGGUACGAUUUUGUCCCUGGUCUGGUGUGCGCAUACGCCAGUUGGCGAUGUUUUGCGGGUAGCCAUAUUCUUCUAACAGCUGUCGAACACACACCAGCUCCUCAACCAUUAUUUCAAGGGCACCGCAUUUGAGAGCUUAAGGGUUUUCUGACUGACUGGUUCUUCUCUGGGUCCCUCGCGGAUUUUGAAUAUCUGUGUUUCCUAGUAUGUUCAGACGGUGUACUAAUUGCUGGCUCACACAUGCGCCUCGCAAGCGAAUUGAGGUGUGAUGGCACCUGCCUGCUCGCCUGCCCGUGCGUGAACGUCGGACGACAUUCAGACUGUUCUUAGGAGAGACAUUUACAGAGUUAGAAGCAGAUCGAAUUCUACGAAAUUCUUGGAAGGAAGCGUUUAUGUGGUCUUCCUGCCUAAACUAUGACGCAAGGCAACCAUCAAAGCAUGGAAUGUGCUAAUAGGGGCUCCUAUGAAUGAUGCCUACCAAAGAGAUUAAGGCAUUUGUCUGAAGUCGGAAAACAGAAAUCUCACGAACAUCGACGGUUUUCUUAAUUAACUAAAGAUUAACCGAAGGGAAACCGCGCAAUGAAACAUUCGUUGUUUGUUUUUGCAGCGACAUUAUCUUGGCCUCGACAUCUUUAAGUCAUUUUUCAUGUUCAGGCCAUCUAGAAUACUCAGCACGAAGUCAUUCGAGGAUUAACUAACUCCGUACCUUUGACUACUGUCGAUAGAAAAGUCUCUUACUGGAAGAGCUGACUUGCCAUUGCGAACGAAAAAUGAACCAUCAGAUAUUACGCCAACGUACGGAUGAGUAUGCAUUUAGGCGCACUCAUUACUAUCAUUAUUUCCUGAACAUGUUCAUGGCCGCAAACAUCGGUCGUCAACUAGGAGCUCUGAGGUUGGCCUACUAACAGCGGCGCUGGAAUUAUUUAGGGCUCAGUGGGAAUUUGGCAGUUCAUAUUUGCCAUACUACCAAUAUCUCAACUAGAAGACAUUAAUUUAUUAGCCGCGCAAAUAAGACUUACAAGUGAUCAGACUUCUGAUGAAAUAUGAAGAGUGUUUUACACUGUGGUAGCGGAAAAUGUUUCUAUUUGCUUAAAGUUACUUAGCGAAUUGACAUAUUGAUUGGGGCAGAUUUAACAACGACUCAGACAUAUGCAGGUCGUGAAGAAACUGAUAACUUCGGAUAUUGAAUUAUCUUGGACUUUCGUUGUUUUAGAUAGUUCAUGAACAUGUUGUUUCGCUUGAAAUUUAAACUAUGCUGGUAGACAACUCGAAAUCGACUCAUUUUGCUGGUGAAUUGCACAGCAUCACCACAUCCUCUCCUUCUCCUCAAACUGUAGCCGGCGGCAUGACUGAGUCACGAGGACCAGACGUUGGUUCUGAGCAGUGGCUGACAAAGCCAGUCUUGCGUAGAGUUGAAGAAGUUUCAUAAAAUGGAUGGUUUCGACCCUAUCUCAAUGAGAGUGCUACAGAGGUUAUAUGCGGAAGAAGCCAUUGAGCUUGACUGUCAAUCUUCUUAUGGGCCACCUCAUUUACGCACAUUGCUGACUUCAAAUACCGGGUUAGCUACUUAGUUAGCAGACUUAUAAGCCUCAACUUUUAGCAUAUCGUUAUAAUUUCGAAGAGCGUCAGCUGUAUGACAGUGACGCAUGCGCUGAUAUGUCGUUGUUAGGGGUUUCUCAGUUGUUAACUUACUCCGUUGGGACUUUCCCACGUAACAGUCAACUUUUCGGGCCUAUCAACUGGUUGCUAGUUAGACUGGGGGCCGCGCGAUUGACAGAAAUAUACAGCCUGUCUAUGUGUGCUACACACGAUCUGAUCAUUUUGUUUACUGUGACACAUCUGAACAUCGUCGGAAAGAUAUUUGGUCGCAUCCUCCUCAACCGUAUCGACAAAUAUCUGGAACGGAGACUCUUGUUCGGAAGCCAGUGCGUCUUCCACGAUCAUCGCGAUAGCACCGAUAUGAUCUUUAACGUCCGCCAGCAGCAAAGGAAGUGUCUUUAGAUGCGGAUCCACCUCUACUCUCCAUUCAUGGACCUGUCAAAAGCCUUCGACGCAGAAAAAUUCGAAGUAUUGUAAAAAAUCGUGCAGAAGUUCGGCUGUCCUGAACGAUUUACUCAAAUGGUGCGUCAACCCCGUGAUGGCAUGAUGGUGCGCGUCGCAUACAAUAAAGUCGUCCCAGAGGCAUCCGGAGUGACCGACGGUGUGAGCCACGGCUGCGUCUUCACGCCUACCCACUUCACUCUCAUAUGCCCUGUCAUGCUAAUGGAAGCCUACCAUCACGAACGACCCGGAAUCCGCGUCGCUGGCAGGGCAGACGGCCAACUCCCCACUCAGAGGCUCAUGAACUUUCAAAUCGCCCACGAACUCCUCUUCGCCGCUGCCUACGACAACCUCGGCAUUCUCAUCAAUAUGGAGAUGACGGUGGUUAUGCAGUAG